AAAUUUGCGGCGAAGACUGGAUCAAUUUCUGACCCUUCAUUCUCAAAGUCGAUGAGCUAGACGCCCCUCUUUCUCGCGCACACGAACAAAAUCGUCUCGAACAGUGCAGUCAUCGUGGACGCACGCUACGUUCUUCUGCCAUCCACUACUCACCGGCACAAUAUCCUCUCUGUGAAUCAUGAGUUUAGGGAAGAAGAUCAGAAUAGGAUUUGACGGAUUUGGAAGAAUUAAUCGGUUUAUUACGAGAGGAGCUGGCCAGAGGAAUGAAUCGAAGCUUCCCAGUAGAAAUGAUGCACUGAAGCCUGGCCUGGAUGGACUUGGAUCUGCUGGCUCGAAGUCUUUCAGAGCACUUGCAGUCAUUGGUGCUGGAGUGUCUGGGCUCCUUAGUUUUGCAACAAUUGCUUAUUCUGAUGAGGCAGAGCAUGGACUAGAGUGUCCCAGCUAUCCCUGGCCACACGAAGGCAUCCUCAGUUCUUAUGACCAUGCUUCGAUCCGUCGAGGUCACCAGGUUUACCAGCAAGUUUGCGCCUCUUGCCACUCAAUGUCUCUAAUUUCAUAUCGUGAUCUUGUUGGUGUUGCAUACACUGAGGAAGAGACCAAGGCCAUGGCAGCAGAAAUUGAGGUGGUUGAUGGGCCUAAUGACGAAGGUGAGAUGUUUACACGCCCUGGGAAGCUGAGUGAUCGUUUCCCUCAGCCUUAUGCUAAUGAAGCAGCUGCAAGGUUUGCUAAUGGAGGAGCCUAUCCUCCUGAUCUAAGUCUAAUUACUAAGGCUCGUCAUAAUGGUCAAAACUAUGUUUUUGCUCUUCUAACUGGCUACCGCGACCCUCCUGCUGGUGUCUCGAUUCGAGAAGGACUUCACUAUAAUCCUUACUUCCCUGGUGGAGCUAUAGCAAUGCCCAAAAUGCUUAAUGAUGGUGCCGUUGAGUAUGAGGAUGGUGUCCCUGCGACGGAGGCACAGAUGGGAAAAGAUGUUGUCUCAUUCUUGUCAUGGGCUGCUGAACCAGAGAUGGAAGAGAGAAAGCUGAUGGGUUUUAAAUGGAUAUUUGUUUUAUCUCUCGCACUUCUCCAAGCAGCUUACUACCGUCGUUUGAGAUGGUCUGUCCUCAAAUCCCGGAAGUUGGUCCUUGAUGUUGUCAACUGAUCUCGAGGAUUUCGAGAUGUACAUUCUAAGCAUGCAAGGGCUUAGGGAAUAAUAUUACUAUCAUUUUGUCCGAUGAUUAGAGUUUGCAGCGUUCUACAACAUAGUAGAGUGCAAUUAGAACUGUCUCUCUGCAGGUAUUCUUUUUGAGGGGUAAAUAAAGAGUAAAUAACUACUCAACUAUUUAUGGCACUCUUAUCUUUCAUUUGAGAACUUUAUGUUGGGAACCUGACGUGGGAAUGUCAACUGUAUGUUCUCCUCU